ACCCCAGUUCGUAUAGUAACGUACACGCAGCAAGACGUCUGGGUUUAUCCCAUAUCCGACCGUGUGCAUGUGAAAGCGAUCGUGCAGUAAGCUGAACUGAAUGGUGAGCCGAAGCCAACAGGAUACCAGUUUCUCCAUGGAAUAACGUGCACAGAUUUCCUAUUUCUCACCAAACCCUACCUGUCUACUCACUGUUCUGAGACCGACCCCAAUUUUGCUCAAACAUGUGUUUUGGACCACUGCGGCGCCUCUGCCAUUGGGGGCCCUACAUCACGCUAUUCCUGGUGUUCGACAUCACGGGAACUGCGGUCAUGUGCGACCUGUUCUACUGGCCACCACAUAAGCAGAGCGUUUCCAGCAUUGUGCAUUUUGUAGUGCUGUCGUCCUGGAUUUUCUUCAUUUUGUACAAUUACUUCCAUGCUGUAUUCUACGGACCUGGCUUUGUACCACUCGGUUGGAGACCUGAGAAGCCAGAAGAUGAAAAAUAUCUCCAGUACUGUCACGUUUGCAAGGGAUACAAGGCGCCACGAUCUCACCAUUGUAAAUACUGCAAGAGGUGCGUGAUGAAGAUGGACCAUCAUUGUCCCUGGAUAAACACCUGUUGUGGUCAUCGUAACCACGCCCACUUCACCUACUUCCUUAUCUUCGCCCCGAUCGGCUGUUUCCAUGGGGCUGUGGUUAUUUGUCUGACUAUUUACAAUGAAAUUUAUAAGCAACUGUACGACCCCAAGCAGUACCGUAAGCUCAGCCAGGCACCCCUAGGCAUGGAGUACGGUUUGCCUCAGCUCUUCAUGUCUUUCAUCGCGGUGGGUCUUGCCUUAGGUGUGGCUCUCGCCGUCUCAUUCUUAUUUUACACUCAGAUUCGCGCCAUACUGAAAAAUGAGAGCGGUAUAGAAAACUGGAUUGUAGCAAAAGCGGUACAUCGACACAGAAACCUGGAGAAGGACUUUGUGUUUCCGUACGACCUAGGACGUAAGAGGAACCUACAACAGGUGUUCACAUGGGCUGGUAUGCCGAAAGGAGACGGCUUUACAUGGACGGUGGUGGACGGCUGCACACAGUAUACACUAACAAUGGAGCAGAUAUUACAGAAGCGACUCAAAAAGGAGCGAAUGAUCGAGUACAUCGCUACCGAGGACUACGAAGGAUCGUGGUUUCCUCUCUCCAAAGGGUGUCGUACUUGCAUCUGCAUUCCACUAACGGACGAGUCACGUAUCGAGAUUGACGAAGGUGACAUCAUCAUGAUCAGCAGAUGGAAAAAAUACUGGAUGUACGGAGAGGUUGUUCAGUUUGAUAAGGAUGCGGAAAACCCAGGGCCGAGAAUCCGAGGUUGGUUUCCAAGGCAAUGCGCCAAACAGAACGUCGGACAGGUUGACCAAGAUGGCGAGAGCAAAAAGGCCAAGUAACAAGUCCCUCACUGAGGCUGAAGAAUAUGUCCAUUCAAAAAAAAUCGCAAAUAGUCAAGUAGGGGUUAUAAGGGCCAUUUUGUUAUUUUCUUCCAUUUGACAUUUAAGACAGACCAACACUAUCAAUGGCUUAUACUUGUGUAUGACGUCCGUACAGAAGAGAUUUGGAAUCCAGAUUCAAGUCUUUAUUUGACCAAGGACUCAUGUUCUGAAGUCUAAACCAAACCAAAUUCAAGUCUAGACUUCAAUCUUUUUGCCUCAAGCUGAGAUCCAGACUUGACUACAUUAACAACUCUGAAUUUGAUGGUUCAUCGACUUCCUUAAAAAGAAGAAAGCUGAUAGCUUCAUAAUAAAAUUGGGAAGUUAAAACUGUUGCUGAGGCCACAGGCAAUCUAUAUUUCUUUUAAACACAAUGAAGUCCAGCCUAUGUUUAUUAUAAGAUACACUUCAAAUAAAAUGAAGGAGGGACCUCUUUCAGCAACAAAAAGAAAAUAGUGUUUAGGUUUUUUUUUUACUGUCAUUUCAAUUACCGUACAGGCAUCAAUUGAAAUGACACCACAUUAGGC